UGACAGGGACAGCUGUUUACGUUUCUAAACAGAUCAAAAUCUACUAUCUCGGGAAAGGCAUCAGCUCAGGGACAGUGCUAUUGAGAACUAAAUUAAUAUUGCAAUGGACGGAACCUUAACCAAGACUCAGUCGUUAGAGCUCCGCAAGAAAUACAUUGGGCCAUCAUGUACACUCUUUUUCAAAUCUGACCCAUUAAAAAUUGUGAGGGCAUCAGGACAAUACAUGUAUGAUGAGGAGAACAAUGAGUACCUUGACUGCAUCAACAAUGUUUGCCAUGUUGGCCACUGUCACCCAAAAGUGGUUGAAGCUGCCUCAGAACAGAUGAAAACCCUCAACACCAACUCACGUUUCCUGCACGACAAUAUGCUGGUGUUGGCGCAGAAGUUGGUCGCCACCAUGCCUGAAGGGCUGUGCAUGGUUUAUUUCGCUAACUCUGGGUCUGAAGCCAAUGAUUUAGCUAUUAGACUAGCCCGGCAUCACACUAAAGCAACUGAAAUCAUUUCUCUUGAUAGGGCGUAUCAUGGGCAUGUUGUAUCACUGAUAGACAUUAGCACAUACAAACUCAAUAAUAUGAAAGAUGGGGUUCACACUAAACCAGAUUUUGUUCAUAUUGCCGAAUGCCCAGACACGUACCGCGGCAAAUACCGCUCAUCUGAUCACACAGAGGAAGAGCUGAGCAAGCUGUAUGCCGCUAACGUAGACGACAUCAUCACCAACAUAACAAACAAGAAUAAAAAGGUCUGCUGUUUCAUAGCUGAGGCCAUGCAGAGCUGUGGUGGUCAGGUCAUUUACCCCAAAGAUUAUCUCAAAAAGGUUUCCAAGUCAGUGAAAGCCGCUGGUGGUGUGUGCAUUAUUGACGAGGUUCAGGUUGGUUUUGGCAGGGUUGGGACUCACAUGUGGUCGUUUAGUGCUCAAGAUAUGGUGCCUGAUAUUGUCACACUGGGAAAACCAAUGGGGAAUGGUCACCCCAUUUCUGCUGUUAUUACAACAAGAGAAAUUGCAGCAAGCUUUGAAGCCUGUGGUGUUGAAUACUUUAACACAUAUGGUGGCAACCCUGUAUCUUGUGCUGUUGGUUUAGCAGUUUUGGAUGUUAUUGAAAAAGAAAACCUGAUGGAAAAUGCCAGAAAAAUUGGUGCACUAAUGAGCACAAAGCUGAAUGCUCUUAAAUCUAAAUAUCCCCUUAUAGGAGAAGUAAGGGGUGUGGGAAUGUUUUGGGGUCUGGACUUGGUCAAAGAUAAUGUAUCCAGAAAGCCGGCCACAGAGGAAGCAGCUUAUGUUGUAAAAAGACUCAAAGAGGAGAGGAUUUUAUACAGCCGUGAUGGGCUUGAUGAGAAUGUCCUCAAGUUCAAACCACCCAUGUGUUUUAAUGAAAAAAAUGUGGAAACACUUAUAACAAAACUUGAUCUUAUCUUCCAGGAACUUGAAUCUCAAAAUAAAUAAUUAACUAGGUCACAGAUUAAUUCAAGUGUUGGAAUUUUAAAAAAAUGUUUUAUAUCAUGAAAUUGUGGAAGUUUUAAUAAAAGGUUAACAUACAAAGUAUUUAAAUAAUCAAAAUGUUUGCUAAUAUUCCUCAGUGCAAUGCUGAUUUAUACAAACUAUUUAAGUAUUUGCACUGACAGCCAUAUUUAAAGGUCACCAAGUUAAUACAAUUAAUUACAAUCAAUACAAUCUUAUGCUGUGUACCCUGUUAGCCUUGUUCCACCAGCUGCAGAUUAUAAUACUUAAAUUGUGUUUAUUUUUUUUUCUCAUACACGUUUUCACCUCAAUUUUGAAAUCUCAGGAGUUUAUAUAUAUCAAUAUAUAUCUGAUUGCAUUCAUCCUUGCAUUGGACUUUUUUGUAUCAUGUGAAAUGGAGUUCUGAUAUUUUAUUAAUUGACUGGGGACUUUGAUUAAAUUUUAACUCAUAAAAUUGCUUCCAGGAUGUUUGGUGUUUUGUAUGUCAUGUCACCAGGUUUUUAAUCACGAUAUUGAAAUGGUUUGCUAAAAAUAUUUGUGGUAUUCUAACUUGUACAACUCCUUUUAUAGAGCUGAGUUCUCAUUACAUUAGAUACUGUCUUUCUUUUUAACGGGCAUUGUCUUUUUUUCCUGUUUUUCCACUAAAAUAAUCAGAUUUGCUAAUCCCUUCAUGUUUUAGGAACUUUUGUUUAUUUUAAACAUAUAUGUAUUGGUUUUCUUGAAUUAAAUAUUUCACUGGUGGCUGAAAUAUUUAUUUAUUUGGUUGAUAAAUAUAUUAUCUUUCUCUAUUUCACAAAAAUCUCAGAGUUAAGUCACUCCCUUGAGUGGCGACAUAAAAAACUUGAAUAAAUUCAGCUGGUCUUUUAUAUGUCACUGUCCUAUGCUUGUUUACAUUGUUGAUCUGUAGUUGUGCUCCACUAAGGUUCUCAGUUUUUUCUCUAUUUAACUGCCUUGCCACUGUAAAUUCUUGAUGAUGUUCAUACAUUGCUUAUGAUUUAUGCUUGUAAAUUACAGCUAAAUGUUGAUGUGAAAAGUAUACUUUUUUUUUCUGAAGGUGUAUCUAUUCUCAGUGCUGUCGAAAUUGUUUAAUUUGGCUUGUGAGAUUUGCAGAGUUGAAAGUUUAUUUUCUGUCACUAUGCCAUCCAGGAUUUACUUUGAUGUUUAGUAACAUUUAAUUUGAUUUUAAAUAAACUAUAUGCUGAGUUCGUCCAAUCCAAAUAGCCUAACAUUUGUAUAAAGGCGUCUUUGUGAGAAGCUGUAUUGUCAGCACUCUUUUCAACCUUUGAUAUAAAGAACUCAGCAUAACAGUGUUGACUUAGGAAAAUCCAGCAAAUAUACUUUGACCAUUUUAUAAAUACGAAAGAAAAGUGAACAUUUAAUUUGCAACCAGCUUAAUCAUCAGAUAUAUAUUUUUCUCAUUCUUGUUUCUCUACUAGUCAGGACUUUUUAUGCCUUUUGGUUUUCUACAACUGUCUGUUCUAGUAUAUUUUGACAAUGUUGAUAUUUUUUGUCACAAUGCCUACCAUAUUUAUUCAAUAGUAAAGUUAUUAUUCUCAAAUAAUCCUAGUAGCAGUGAUUGUGUACAUUUUUUAUUAUUAUUAUUAAUGACUCACUUGAAAAUUGUGCCAUUUUAAUUAAUACUGACAUGUUUUAAAUUUUUCUUUAAACUUAUGGUGAAAUCCAGAGCUGUAUAAUUGUAUAUAUUAUACUUGUAUUUUAAUAGACAAUCUGUUGCUGUUUGAUGACAGUGUACCCCGGUUUACAUUUUUAAAAACUUAUUUUUUAAGUUCUAUAUCAAACUUUUUUUUCUAUUAAAAUUAAGUUAUAUAAUUUUUUUUUAAAGCACACUUGUUUCUAUAGUAACCUCCCCUUGUUACAGCAGUCUCUUAUCACAAAAUAUAACAAUGUAUUAUCUUUUGUAUUCAUUUAAAAUGUUGCAGCUAAAUAUUUGAAGUGUUAAUGUAUUUGAUAUGAUAAAGCUGCCUUAAUGUUAGUAGAAAAUAUAAUAAAAAUC